AGCAGAAGAUCUCUUUCCAUUUCCCAAAAUACAUGUCGUAUUCUAGAGAGAAAGAAGCCAUCUUGAAGUUAGAGAAGAUCUCCGUAUCCGAUUCCUCGAGUCACGUCAAAGAUCUUUCGGGCCAAAAAGACAGUUCGGAGCUGCUGAACCAAACCUCGGAUUUGUAAUAUAGCAGUUCGAUGGUGCUCGAGCCCCGAUGCUACUCAGCGCAUCGUAUCCGCAUCAGCAUAUGAGCUUCGGCAGGAGGAGAGAGAUCUGCGCGGUUAGCAAAAAUUCCAGUAGGCGACUGAUGAAUCCUACACGUAACGAAGUGUUGGUUUUCGUAGCACCAUAACGUAUGGAAUUUCGCAACUGGUUCACUGUUCCACACGGAAAACAUGCCGAGCCACCGUGAUCUUCCUUUUCUUGCUGUUCUUAACAUGCUUCAGCCAAAUGAUAUCGUGCGCAGAAUCGUUUCUUUAAUUUCUAAAAUGAAGGGUGUGCGUAGUUGUGGUGGUUCCGUGACAAGAGAAUAACUUUUGAUUUGGAGAAAAGAAAAUGAAAGAAGGUGGGUGGUCCUAAAAACCACACACACAGCAGCGGCUGCAGCCAGCAGCAGCAGCCGCAGCAGAGCAUCAGCUCAAGUGAGGAUCUUUGCCCAGACAGCAAGCACAAAUGCCACGCUGAUUCUGAUUCUCUCUCUCUCUAGAUCUCUAGAGAGAGACAGAGAGAGAGAGAGAGAGAGAGUGAGGACAUGAUAUGGUGAGGAUGGAAGAAAGAGAGAGGACUGAAUCAAAUCAAGAUACAGCCCCCAAAAGGAUCACGAUAUAUCGGUGACUUCCUUCAUUCAUCUUCAUUCAUAUCAAACCCUCUCUCUCUGUCUCUCCCUGUUUAUAAAUACCGAGGAGUAACUAAUGACAGUAUCCUCAUACAAAUCCUGUGAGCAAUGUUCUUGUGUGCUGUUCACGUCCCCUCCUCCUUCCCCACUCAUCAUUUAUUGCCAUUCUUGGUCAGAGGAAAACCUUCAUUGGAUCUCUUGCAUUUAUUGUUCCCCGCAAACCCCACUCCUUUAAUACCUCCCCUCAUUCCUUCUUAAUCUUUCAUCUUCUCCCCUGUUUUUUGUGUUUCCCUUUGAAACUUCUUCUCUGUCUUCUUCGUCUUCUUCAAUGGCGGACUAUGGAGACGAACCCCACGUCUUGGCCGUGGACGACAACCUCGUCGACCGUAAGAUGAUCGAGGCCUUGCUCAAGAACUCAUCCUGCAAAGUGACAACUGCAGAAAAUGGGAUGAGAGCCUUGGAAUAUCUGGGUAUAAGAGAUGAUCAGCCUGGCGAAUCUUCAGCCUCUGCAACUACUUCAAAGGUCAAUCUGAUAAUUACAGAUUAUUGCAUGCCAGGAAUGACAGGGUUUGAGUUGCUGAAAAAAGUCAAGGGAUCUUCUAUCUUGAAGGAAGUUCCUGUUGUGAUCGUGUCGUCUGAGAAUGUUCCAACUCGGAUUAACAAGUGUUUGGCCGAAGGAGCUCAGAUGUUCAUGCUCAAGCCUCUCAAAGCGUCAGAUGUAAAGAAACUCAGGUGUCAUCUAAUGAAUUGCAGAACCUAGACAUACGGGGGAAAUUUCUUUGACCUUGUUUUGUGAGUAAGAUUAGGGAAGAGAAAAAUCUAACCCAAACCAAGAUGUAAGCUCCUUGCAUACCAAACAGACCUUACGGAGUCAAAUUUGAUGCACCUGGUGUGUUUUGAUCUUGUACUUCUCUGGAAAGUCAUCCUCUAUGUUAGAUAGUUCCUUUUGAAUGAUAGUUUUUGUCAGGAUUUUAAGGAGAAGCGGUGUAUUGUGUAAAUUUUUGGGAAAUUAAAUUCACUUUUGUC